AUGAUGUACUCGCCGGACAAGAUGAUGGGGAGCAAGGGACUCCACGGGGCACCGAUCACCGCCCCGGGAUGCUUUCCCUCAGGGAGAUACUCGCCGCCGCCUUAUCGUGCCGCGCCGGAUCCAAUGCCGCCGCCGCCGAGGCGAUGCAUGCCGAAUUCUACGAGUCGUAUAUUCGAAGACGCAUCCAUUGUGUGCAAUUCUUGGUCACCAAGGCAUAAUGGUGAUUUAUUCGGUGGCUUGAAUAGUGGUCUGCAAGAUGGCUUACUUUCAAGAGCGGAGGCUUUGGCAGCAGAUUUGGGAAAGCACAACGCUGGGACACCGAUGCCGCUGAAGCACGAUCCCGUAUCUGUGUACCAUCACGGAGCACAUAUGCCUACCCCCCACCCGAAUAACCGGCCACAUCAUCAGGUACAAUCACACCUCCUUAUGAGCCAUCCAGGAAUGGAGAGUCUCGACAUGCUGGAUCCAGCAAAUUCGAUGACAACACUGACACCAAUGUCCGAAAGCACGGGCGGUGGACCGGGGCAUCACGCGGGCAUCCACGGUCCCUCCGUAUACGGCGGCAUGAACGGUAUGAUGAGUCAUCAUCAUCAUCACAGUAACCUAGGCGGCGGUGGCGGCAGCGUGCCGCAUCCGGCGCAUCAUCAUCCGGCGAUGGCUGCAGCGGCCGCGGCUGCAGCCGCGGCGGGUCUACAUCCUGACGCAGAUACCGAUCCGCGCGAGUUGGAGGCCUUCGCCGAGCGAUUCAAACAACGGCGCAUCAAACUCGGCGUUACGCAAGCCGAUGUCGGCAAAGCGCUAGCCAAUCUCAAGCUACCGGGUGUUGGCGCUCUCUCGCAGUCGACGAUCUGUCGCUUCGAAUCGCUCACACUCUCGCACAACAACAUGAUCGCCCUGAAGCCGAUCCUCCAGGCGUGGCUGGAGGAGGCGGAGGCCCAGGCGAAGAAUAAGCGACGCGACCCGGACGCACCUUCGGUAUUACCAGCCGGUGAAAAGAAACGGAAGCGUACAAGCAUCGCUGCGCCAGAGAAACGCUCGUUAGAGGCGUAUUUCGCGGUACAGCCGCGGCCGUCCGGUGAGAAGAUCGCGGCGAUCGCGGAAAAGCUCGACUUGAAGAAGAACGUCGUACGAGUCUGGUUCUGCAAUCAGCGGCAGAAGCAGAAACGCAUGAAGUUCGCGGCUCAACAUUGA